UGGAGGCAGAGAGCGAUCGAACCGGUUACUAAUCCACGUUGGUCAGCUAGGUAGAGGAAAAAAAUUGUCAAUACGUCACUUCUCUCUUCUUGUCGCUACCUCGUGCGGUUUCGUCCGUCGCAAAAGCAAAAAGAUCGCCGUUCAACAUCUUUCGGUUUCGAUAAGAAAGGAUAAAUAUCGACCUCCUAUCCGCACAACUUUUCCUCCUCAACCCUCGCCUCCCUCUUUCAAGACAUUCGCACUCUAUACUCACAAACCUUUACACCCAACGCAUAAUCAUCCCCUACACCAACAAUGCCUUCUUUCACCGUAUUCAAGGGAUCCAAGGACGGCUCGGUUGUCAAGAGCACCACCACCAAGUCGGAUGAGCUCACCGGAGAUUUCGUCCGACUGAGGGUCACCGCCUCUGGGAUCUGCGGUACCGACUUGCACUACCUCAAGCAAGACAUGGUCCUCGGCCACGAAGGAGUCGGUAUCGUCGAGGAGACUGGACCCGACGUCAAGUUCCUGAAGAAGGGCGACCGCGUCGGAUGGGGCUACGAGACCGACGCAUGCGGGCACUGCCUCGAAUGCCUCAAGGGCGAGGAGAUCUUUUGCCCUGAACGUGCCAUGUACGGGUACGCCAACCCCGACCAGGGUUCGUUCGCCGAGGGAGCUGUUUGGAGGGAAGCUUUCCUCCACCCCAUCCCUGAUGGUGUUUCUGACGUUGACGGUGCGCCCCUCCAGUGCGGGGGUGCUACGGUCUUUACUGCGGUUCACACCGCUGCGGCUACCGAGGUGAUCGGGGUGAUGGGUAUGGGAGGUCUCGGACACCUGGCCAUCCAGUUCGCAGCCAAGAUGGGAUGCAGGGUCGUCGUCCUCUCCGGUACCGACUCUAAGAAGUCCGAAGCCGAACGACUGGGGGCCCACGACUUUAUCGCCAUGAAAGACAAGAAGGCCGAGGACCUCCAGAACGUCGGGUUCAAGCUCGACCGUCUCCUGGUAACCACCUCCGCUCAACCCGACUGGUCCCUCAUCCUCCCCCUUAUGGCCACCCGUUCAAAGAUCUACCCCCUCUCCGUCUCCGAAGGAAACUUUUCCAUCCCCUACAUGCCCCUGCUGGCGAACGGGAUCACCAUCCAAGGUUCCCUCGUCGCCACCCGAUCGGUCCAUAGGGAGAUGCUGGCCUUUGCCGCUUUACACCAGAUCAAGCCGGUAGUCGAGACCUUCCCCAUGACCGAAGCUGGGAUCAAGGAGGCGCUCGAGAAGUUGGAGAGUGGGAAGAUCCACUUUAGGGCUGUGCUCGUCCCCGAGUCCAAGUAAGGGGUCGGGCGACGGUGUCGACUCUUGACUCGAGAGAAUCAAGAGAAUAGAUGCCGGUGGUGUGUAAACGCAUAGAAAUAGAUGCCAGAUAUACCGGUCCCAUGUAGCCAAAACAAUAUCGAAUCAUAGUAUAAAAGCGAUCGUCCAGCACAAUCGCGUCCCCGGAUGGUAUGCCUCGGUCCUCCGCUUUGCGUUCAGCUCGUUUCCAUUCACUUUGGGAUCCUUGGACCGGGUCGUCGAAAGGCUACGAUUGACAUGUUGUAUCGAUAGCGGCGACAUCGUUCGACGUUGUAUCGUAUCAAAAUAUGUUCGCAUCGUAACCAAGUCCUGCUUUAUAAUUCUACGCACGAGCCGCUUGUCAAGGACGAAAAAGCCA